AUGUCAAAAAUCAAUUUUCUACAGAUUGAAGACACCGGCAAUGCCUCUCCAAAGAGAAAUAGCAAAAGGUCAAGGUCUGUGUUCAGGAACGGUCUCUUACAGAACAAGUGAAUUUUGGAAGAGCCAAAGAUAAGGAAGAAUUCAGAUUUAAAUGAGCCAAAAAUUACAGGGCCCAAAAUGAUCAAGGAGACAAGGACCCCAACUAAGUCAACUCACAGUAGCAAAAGGAUCCAUUAUAGCUUCAUGAGCAAUGACAAACAUCAAAGUGAUGCUUUCUCGAAACUGCAUAAUAGUGCUGUUAAAAAAAAAAGUUCUGCCUUCCUGAGUGUUUAUAAAUAUAUCAAUAAGCCAACCAAAAUGACCAGGAAAUCCUCGAAGAAGCUGAAAAUGAAGGUAAACAAGAAGAAGGAGGCCAAUGACCAUUUUAAAAGGUACAAACUUAUCAAGCUUAAGCACAAUGUGGAGUACGUGGGAAGACUCAACCAUGGUCUUUCAAACCAAGAGUUACUCUCAAGUAUUUUUGAGUUGGAAAAUUGUAAGAUAUCACCAUCGUCUUCAGUGGUCAAGCUAAGCUUAAAAUACGAACCUCCAACUGCCAGAGAUUACCUUCUUAAGAUGCUUUAUGAUAAAGUCCGAAAUAAGGAAAAAUUCUUGCAUUACACAAAAUUGCCAACUAAGAAGAAUGAGAUCCAAGAGAAGAAAGACAAUGAAAAGGAAAACUAUCUUAAAGAUUCCAGCCUUUUCACUGAAAGUGUUCUCUCCGAUGACGAAAAUAAGAAGAAUUCCCAAAAGGUUAAGAAGUUACUGAAGCAAUUAGAGAAAUAAAUAUAAGGAUCCAAAGAUGUUUGACCUUGCUGAGAAGAAGGGCAAAACUAUUGCUAAAAAGUUUAUACUUAAGCUCAAAAAGAAGAAAGAGAUUAAUAGCAUGAAUAAGAUGCUGAAACAUCAGCGGACACAAGUGAAUCGUAACUCUAAUAAUACUAAUUUGCUGGCUACGCCUGGGCUGGAGGAUUUAACCACUAAAGGAGCGAUAAGGAAGAAGAUCAAAAUGUUGAAGAAGAGGGUAACAUCGACAAAUGAUGAACCAUUGUGUAAAUCUGGGACCUUCAAUUUCACUCAAGUAUCGAACCAGGACCCCUCAAAUGCUGAUGAUAAAGCUUUGAACAAAAGUUUGCUAUCGAUCAGAUCAGAUAUUAAGUCAACUACAACUGCUGCUAAAUAAGUCUGAAGGAAAACAAAGGAUAAACAAGCUGAAGGUCUUUGCUGACCCAAUCCAGAGGCUUAAAAAUCAGAUUAACUCUAAAACUCUCGAUCUGAAGUCUCAAAGCCUCGCUAUUGAACGAGAAAUUGUAAACCUUAAAGAAUUCAAGCAAGUUUUUGACCAAUACAAAGCUGCUAUCCAGAAAUUAUCUGCAAAGUACAGUAAUUCUGGCAACAGCAGGAGGGCUCAGUCUGAGACCCCUAGCAAGAGCAUAGAUUUCAGCCAACUUUGCCACAAAGUUCCUAAAUAUUAUGUGAAGAUCUUUGAUGGCACAAAGAAGAACCAAACGUUACUGGAUGACAGGAAGAAGAUCGAAAAAUAACCUCCUUAUUAAGAAGUACGAGAUGCUUCUUCAGCACCGGGAAGUCAUCAUGGAAUACCUCAACAAGGUGAUCCUAAUGCAUGAAGAUUUAAAGAAGAAGCAGAGAAAACGCCUAGCCAAGAUUUUGUAUGGGAAAGGGUUAGAGAAGGAUCUCCAUAUUAGUAAGGGCAUUGUUAAGCAGAUGACUGAUGAUUUGAACAGCAUCAAUAAGCUUCUUCAAGAUACCAUUCCGAAAAUAAUGGAGGUUGCAAAUCCUAGCAAAUAACAACUGCUUGUCUCAUUCUAUGUCUCUUGAAAAGGCAGAUAAUACAUUCUUGAAAUAAAAUUGAGGCUCUUGAGGAACGAUUCGGAAGCGAUUCUUCACACAAAAAGAAGAAAAUCGAUGAGUCAUUCAAAAGUGUGAUCAAUAAUGAUGCGAUAAUGCCAUUGGUGACUCAAUCGCUUAAAGUACUCGGCAAAAAGGUUUACAAAAGCUCCCUAGCUUUCCAGAAAAGAUCAAUAAUGAAGCCGAAAUUUGUGUAUGAGAAGCCUAAGCUCCCCCUUUACUUGCAGCCAGGAAUUGUUUUCAGCAAUUAUGAGUUAUGUAAGGAUGAGCAUGAAGCUCAUUAUGAUUCUGAGAUAGUGAAUAUACCAUCAUUUGACAAACUUAAUUAA